CAGCGCUCGCUAAAAUUAAAGGAGUUUCUCCAGUCGGGGACGAAAUAUUAAAGAGUUCAAAACGUUUUUCGGUGCCUUUUUGUAGGUAUUGAGAAAAUAUCAUUCUUAACUUAUUUAACCAGCAGAUGGCGGAAAAUACUGCAACGGCCCACGUAGUCAGGUGGCAGCUGAAUAGAAGAAGAGGAACAUUGGCUGUGACGGAAGAAGAGCAAAACAAGCAUGGCCGGAAACAUUACUACUACCGCGUCUCCCAUAACUAGUUCUUUGUCAAAAUUGCAGUCUUUAAAUGGAUUAUUUUCAAUAUACAAAAAACAAGGUCCGACAUCUGCUGACGUGUUAAAUGCCCUCAAAGAAGCUUUACUGAAGGAAGCGGGUGUCCAGAACCCAAAUCCGAGGAAGAGGAAGAAGCAGAGCCUGAAGAUGGGGCACGGAGGGACCCUGGACAGUGCCGCAAGUGGAGUGUUAGUUGUUGGUGUUGGGAACGGUACAAAAAUGCUCAGCACAAUGUUGACUGGCUCAAAGAAAUAUGUUGCUGUGGGGGAGCUGGGAAAAGCCACUGAUACUCUUGAUGCCACUGGCAGUGUGAUUCUGGAGAAAGAUUUUGGACAUAUAACCAGACUGGACAUUGAGGAACAGCUCAAAGCAUUCACUGGUGACAUCAUGCAAGUGCCUCCACUCUACUCAGCACUGAAAAAAGAUGGCCAACGUCUGUCUAUCCUGCUGAAGAAAGGUCACAAGGUGGAGGCCAAGCCAGCCAGGCCCGUCACAGUGUACAACCUGACCCUGCAGGAGUUCAAGCCUCCUUUCUUCACCCUGGAUAUUGAGUGUGGUGGUGGAUUUUACGUCAGAAGCUUGGUGGAUGACCUAGGAAAAGCUCUGUCAUCAUGUGCACACGUGAAGGACCUGAUCAGGACAAAGCAGGGUCAGUUCUGCUUGGAGGAGCACGCCUUGCACGAGGAGCAGUGGACGCUGGAACACAUCCUGCAGUCGCUGCAGCCCUGCUCCGAGGGAGACCAGGAGGUGGACCACCCAAAACCACCAAGGGCUGACUCCUGAGGAGCACCGGGACCAACAGUUACCCAGAACUCUGGUUGCUGUCUGACUGAUUAUUGGCAUGAAUUGCAUGUUUGACUUUUUCCAGUUCAGUUUUUUUUCAUAUAUCUAUAGCAACAAUUACUACCCAGAUUGUCUUCAUACAUUUCCUGUAAAGAAAACAGUAGCACUAAAUGUCUCAUGUCCUUAAGGUGCAUUUGUUGGCAAAUUAAGGGUCCAGAAGAAAGGUGACUAUUAAAAUGAUUAUGUAUUCUUUAAAUGAAUCCGCUAUUGGAAUUUUACACAGAUGUUAUUUGUGUGAAAAUGUACUUUUAGUGGUGACUUGAAUAGUCCUCACAUAAAUAAAAUAUGGUUUCCAAAUGUUAUUCAGCAGAUAAAUAUUUUCCACUGUACCCUGGGGGGGAAAAAAUCUUUAUAAUAGUUUUUCAUUUUGUUUUACUAUGGACGUAAAACGCCAAUACACAUGAGUAGGUGAAUAUGAUAUUUGGAUUUUUGCAUUUUCACUCAAAUACACAUUUCUAAUUGUUGUUGUGGAGAUUUUUCAUUUUCAAGUUUAACCUAUUUCUCCCUAUGAUGUAGUCCCGUAUAUUCUUCCAUAGAGAUGUGACACAUUUGUUACACUGUUUUUUGAACUCAUUGGGCCGUUGCACUGACUGCUGACUCUGCUCUACAUUCUUGUGGCCUUUGUCUCAUUUGCAAUUUAAGUUUUAGUUAAGUUGCGGAACCCCCCUCGUGACCUUGGUCUGGACAUCUUGAUUUAGAUUUUCUUGGUUGUAACUCCAGCUGUGGAGCCUUCUAUAACCAUCAUGGAAAAAACAAGCAGAUAGACAUGUUAGCUGAUGUACCUUGGGGUGAAUGUGUGAGAAUGAUGUAAGGUUUUCUCUACUGUACCCCAACAAAAAAAGGCGUCAAUGAUUUUUUUUUAAUUAUUUUAUUCUGUAAAAACAAGAGCAGUUUAGUUUUUAAGAAUGCUCUUCUUGAUGUAUGUAAGCAUUGAUACAUCAGCAGUGUCUGUUCAGUUUGUUCUUUAUCUGCUAAUUAAAAAAUAUAAACACA